CACAAACACAGUGCAUUUCUAUUUGAAGAUCGAUUGAUCUGUGAUCGAUUGUUUGUGUUGUUGCUGUUGUUGUCAACGUCAAACGUCCGCGAGGAAAGUUGGUCAAGUGGCUAAAAAAACCAAAAAAAAAAAGUAAAGCAAACAAAAUAAAAACCUAUCUAAUCCACACGCGCCCGCGUUCGUUCAUCUGCACAUGACAAAAACUAAACUAGGCCAAUUGCAAAAAGGUAGACAGGCAGCAGCAUUAAACGGCGGUCAAUCGAUCGGUUCAAGUCGCUGCUAAAGAAAGAUAUAGGUCAAAAGUCAUCAAUCAGAAGAAGGAAGAGACGAGGAGGUGCCAAUGAUGGCAUCCAUACCACAGCCGCCCCGCCCACGCAAAGUGGUGCGUGUGGUGCGCAAGAAAAAACGUGCCAUCAACGAUAAUAGCGAAUCAGAUGGAGCUGUCGAGACAACCACAGGCGGCAAUAGCUCCGGUGGCCAAAAUACAGGACGUCAGAACUCAAUUGAUAGCCAUCGAGGCGGCGGCGGCGGCGGCGGCGACCAGAAGGAGGAUCAACAAAGUCGUCACUACUAUAAUGCCCCGCUUUCCGAAAUUGAGGCUGUGCGACAGGCCCAUGAAGUGGCCACAGCUGCGGCGGCUAGUACCAGUCGACCCUGGACCCCGAUGCCACCACGCAAGCCAUCCGGCAGCGGUGCCGCCGUCAAAGCCAAGGCCAAGGGCAAGACCAAACAGCGAUCAACAGCUGCAGCAGGUGCAGCAGCUGCUGCUGCUGCUGCAACUUCAACGAAAACUAAGGGCAAAGGGCAGGGGGGAGGUAGUGAUUCCAGUGAUUUGGAUAGCAGUGACUCAUCUAGCGAUGAUGAUGACGCCUCCUCUUCCUCCAAUUCUACUUCCUCGACAUCAUCCACCUCUUCGUCGUCCUCUACAAAUGAUAGUUCAUCCUCCACAUCGCCCGCGGUGCCUGCUGCUGCUGCCGCCAAUGGUAAAACCCGUGUUGCCGCCCUGCUUAAUCCAUCUUCUGCUGCCGCUUCUGGUGCUUCAUCCCUGGUGGCAACUUUAAAAAAGACCAAAUUGCAAACCCGUUCAUCGCACGCAAGCACAACAUCCACAUCCUUGGCCAAUAGCGGCAAACAGUAUAAAGAUCCAAGUAAAAUCGCUUAAAAUGUCAUAUGUGUCCUUCUCCUCCUUCCCCACGUCUCUUCUUCAUCGUCAUCGUCGUCGUCGUCAUCGUCAUCAUCAUUGUAGAGUGUCACAUCGUCAUCGUCGUCGUGAUCGUGAUCAAUCGUUAUCCACCCCACCCCCCCUGCUUCACAAGAACCAACCACCCACAAAACAAACCGUCUUCCCCUUCGCCUAGGGUAGGUAAAAUGUAGCAGCACCUGCCAUCGCGCUGCUGCCAUCGUUUGAAAAAUUUGCACUAAUGCCAAGAUUAAUUAUAAAAAAAAGAAGCAAAAAAGAAUUAACAAAUUAGAAUGCAAUUGCUGCUAAAGCGAAGAUCUUUUUGCCAUAUUACGAAAAUAUAUAUAUAUAUACAUACACACACAGAGAACACCCGCAGCACUACCCAGAUUCGAUCCAUUGAAUAUGCAGUCUCAAGGAGAGGAGGAGGAGAUCGAGCAAAAAUCGCCUAAUAAACCGUUUGUUGACAUUGAACCCGCCCCCAUCUGACGUUGGUGGUGGGGUAUUAGUGGGGAGGGGAGGGGAAUACACUCUCUCUCAAAUUCUUAUUGAAUGUCGUCUCCCGCUUGAUCAUUUUGUUGUUGUUGUUGUUUUUACCUGCUACUCCGCUUCUUCUUUCCCGGUAUCCCCCAAUUAUGUGUGUGUGUGUGUGUGAACUAUUUAACUGAUAUGAUGACACUCCUAUUCCUUUCUCUUUCUCUCUUAAAACACAACACAAUGUUGUGUGUGUGUGUGUGU